GUAAAGGUAUAGGUAAGUCGCAAACAACUAGGUAAGGGUAAAGGUAGAGUACCCUAAAUUAACCGUUUAACUUUUACGUUACCUUGCCGAGGCCUAGCUCCAAUUUCCAUCGUGGAUUGAAUGCGUGAUAUAAUAUGUACUAGGGGAAGUAACCAUAUAGUGAUCAAUAAAUGUCUGAUCCCAUCGCGAGCGUAAAUUUGCUGCAGGAGGGGUAAACUGCACACAUGGUAAAUAUAGUUCCCAUGUCAUAAUUACGUUGUAAUAAUAGAAAGUGUCCUUAGUCCUAAAGGAUGUCAAAGUGAGGAAUUUCAGUUGGAAAGAGACAGAAGUACAACCAUAAGACAACAGCGCCUAAACAGCGCAAGCAUAGUAGCAGUUGAUACUUUCCCUCCUCUCGUCCGCACCAUGAUUCAGCGACCCAAGAAUGUCAAACUCCCUGAUUCUCUCCAUAUCUCGCGUAAACGCAGCUUCAAGUCGCCUUCAACCUUUACAUGCCAUAUGAUUCAUUUGCUUCGCUUUCCUCAAUAAUCCACCCACGUUCUAUCACAAAGUAGUCCUCAGCUUUCAAAGAUCCAAGACACCAGUGAAAGUCGAAGAUCAUGCUCGUCGCCAGACUUAAAGCAUGAAACUGAGCAUUUCUCUGUUGGGCCAAUGAUUGACGAACACCAGAAAAGAGAAAACAUUUAAUAGUGUAAUAUGCUAGGCGCUGACAUGUGGACCGGUUUCGCAAACUAUCGGAAAAGGGAUAACGAACUUCAUUCCUUCUGGAUCUCAACCAGCCCUACGGCACCCCGUUCGGUUUCGCCUUUGCCAACAAUGGAACGACAUCGGCAGCAGCAACGAGGCCACGGACGUCAAGGAGGAAAGAAACUCCGCCGAAGACCUUUACGUCAACGUCCAUGCACACCGACCGACGGUCCGGCCCCACCACCGGCAGCGGCCACACUCCCCGGUGGCCGUGAGCCAGGCAGGCACAACGGAGGGCGCCAAAUUUGGAUCGUCGGCCAUUCAACCAUCGCAGCGAAAAGAAACCGACCGAAAAGAAUAGAGCGAACGGGACGCGUAAGACUGAAGGAACAGCCGGAGCAACGUCGGAGGACGUGGUGCGAUCUAGUACCGAGUCCCAAGUCCCGAGUUCCGAAUCGGGAUUCGGGACUCGACUACGAACACCGGCAGACGAAAAGGAGCCGAUCCGCUUUGGCGCCGCUGGGAUCUGAGACGGAUCUGUCGUCGGGCCGGGCCAAAGAAAAGGCGCGAGGUGGGGACCGGGAAAAGGCGCUGGUUCUAGAGCCGCUGGCGGGCCGCGGGCAAGCGGCAGUGGCAGCGAAGGCAACGCAGCAGCGCGUCGAGAGAGAGAGAGAGAGCUCAAGAAAGAGAGAAAGCGAUUGCCAUUCGUGCGAUAGCGUUGGUUGGGUUGACUUGGGCACGGGAGCGAGGGAGGGAGCGAGGGAGGCAGGGGAGGGUAUCUAA